CGCCAGUUACUACUGUUUUGUUGGUAUCGGUAAUCCAAUUGCAGCGGUGAAACUGGAUCUGUUAUGUUGCUCAAACUGUGUCUUCAGCUAGCUGAAUUUUGAGAGAAAAACAGAAGACCAGUCCAAAAAUGGGAGGCGGAGCGAUACCGAAGAAUGCACCGCAGAAUAUUUACCCGAACGCGUUCCCAAUCGCGGGCCGCAUGGUCAGCGAAAGGGAACGCCUGGUUGGUAUGACAGAUGCCGAAAGAGCUUGGCGAGCCCAGUGGCUGAAGGACCAGCACCUUUCCCCAAAUGAGCCAAGGUUUGUGCCUGAGCUGCAAAAUGAGCUGCUUAACCCCAUCAGGAGAAUGUACCGCUGGCCCUUGGACACCAUCUGCAAGGCCCUCAUUCCUGCUAUUGGCCAGCAGAGAGCUCAAUCUUUGCGGUACUACUCAGGCAAAUUUCUUCUCGGCUACGCCCUCAUUCUUGGCGUGGUUUACAACCUGAAGUAUAACAGCAAUGACUGGACCCGCAAGGGAGGAUUCAAUGUCACGCAUUCAGACAAAGCUGUGCUCAAGGGAGAGCCUGGCUAUGAAAAUAGGCCAACCCGCAGCACCCCGUGGGACUACAACAAUAGGAACUUCAAAAACUCGCCCAUUUAAGUAUAGCCCUUGUACAUAAAGAGGUUCGUUGUAAAUUUUAGUAAUUAAAUUGUCAUUGUUAUCCAGUAAAA